UGCGAACCAGGGCAAAAGCAUAGGUUAUCAACUGAACCUUGAAUAUGCCUCAAAAUAAAUAUGUUUCAUCGAAUAUCCAUCCACUUCGAUAUAAAAUGUCCAGUCAAAACGAAAAGAUAACGGUUAUUAACCAAUAACCAAAUGGCUCUACUUCGUUUCGGUUAUGGACUUCGAACUCUUCCAACUAUCUCUUCAGAACUCAAAUGUCUCAAAGUUCAACAAUCUAGGGUCGGUCGUAGAUUACUAUUAGGAAUUGGAACUCCAUUUUUAGGUAAUCAAUUCUUGAAAAUGGCUGGUAAUAGCAGCAGUACUGGUGGUGGUGGAGGGAAAUAUUUCUUAGCUUCUGCUAAACAACCAAGUGCUCCCCCAAUCCAAGAGAUACUGAAGAAUGUAGAUUGGCCAGCUGAUUUUCCCUAUACAGCCCAGGAUUUUCAGCGGUUUGAUGAGUCAUCAGAUUUGGUGUUUUACGAAAGUCCACGGUUUGUGACGCAUAUAGAUGAUCCUGCUAUUGCUGCACUUACCAAGUACUAUUCAAAGGUUUUCCCUCCUAGCAACACUCCUGGAAUAAGUCUACUGGAUUUGUGCAGCAGCUGGGUAAGCCAUUUUCCAGCAGGAUACAAGCAAGACAAGGUUGUUGGCAUGGGUAUGAACGAAGAAGAGCUUAAAAGAAAUCCAGUUCUCACAGAGUAUAUUGUACAAGACCUAAAUGUAGACCCCAAACUUCCAUUUGAAGAUAAUUCUUUUGAUGUUAUAACUAAUGUGGUUAGUGUUGAUUACCUGACGAAGCCAAUUGACGUUUUCAAAGAGAUGUGUAGAGUUCUGAAGCCAGGAGGUUUAGCUAUAAUGAGUUUCUCAAAUCGGUGUUUCUUCACAAAAGCAAUCUCUAUUUGGACAUCAACUGGUGAUCCUCAUCACGUUCUGAUUGUUGGGUCUUAUUUUUACUACGCCGGUGGUUUUGAACCUCCUCAGGCACUGGAUAUAUCUCCGAAUCCUGGACGUUCAGAUCCAAUGUAUAUCGUGUAUUCUCGAAAGGUAAAUAAUACAGCUUAAGCAGACGAUAUAGUGAAAUUUACUUUUCCCCCAAAUAUGCAAGAACAAUAUCUGUUCAGGGAUAUACAUGAACGGUUCCGGUAACAAAAUUCCUUCAUCUGGUCAGGAAAGAGUUCUGAUAAGUUUGUCUUUACAGAAUUGUAACAUUAUCUGUAUUAGAAAUGAAUGCAAAUCAGUAGUUCAUAUUGAAUAGUGACUACCUCUUAAGCUUCUGAUUGGUUAAAGGGACUGAACGAUUUACUUACA